AUGCAGCUCUGCUACUGUUGCCGGCAUGCUUUCCCCACCUCGUCGCUAGCCCCAUGCGUCUUUAGCGACAUCAUUGCUCAUCGCUUCGAGGAGGUGCAUAAGAUUGUGGAGGAGAUGGACACCACAACACCGGAGGAAACCCACCGGAUCGCGCAGUUGCAGAUGGCACUUCGGGAGUUGCACUCAGCCGUUCACCAAGAAAUUAAUGCCUUGAAGGAGCGGAAGGCAAGCCUGGAGGCCGCGCGGCAGAGGGAUCGGGAUCGGCAGGAACUGGAGUUGGGCGUCCAACCCCGCACGGUCCACCUGCAGUGCAGUAGCGCCCUGUCGAACACGCAACCCAUGGGGUACAAUUUGUCUCGGUCCAACUACCCCAAAAUUGUUCCUCGGGCAUCCUUCAACGGCACGGUUCCAACGUACAAACUACGAAAAAUGAACUCUGCGCUGGAGUUGGUUUCUGCCAGCAUAUACUCUGUGAUGGAAAGUCUGGCCAUUCGAACCCGUGCCUCUGUGGCAAUGUUGUGGAUCCUACCGCCUGGUGUUGUGUCGACGGAGCUUGUGGCACCUUUUGUGGUGGGACGCGACAUGUCAAAGCUCUGGAAUACGGCACCGUAUCGCGUGUCCGAGAACUCCAUUCCGUGUCUUGUGAGUGAGGAAGGAAUUGCACUGAACUUCAAACCAAAACCAGGGAUAGGUGACAAAAAUGCAACAGAAAAUACCCCAAUAUUAGAGUUGAUGGAGUUGCCAAACACCGCACAACUUAUGGUCCCUGUUUUUACGAGAUACGGCGAGGUUCAGCGUACUGUACUCGGUGUGGUACAUCUGAUAGGAAAUCCGCUUUUUCCGUGUCCCUUUGGACUUCGUAAUGAAGAAAUGGCGGUCCAGACGGCUUCCACGUUGUCUGUCAUACUAUCGUCGUACUAUGAGACAAUGGGUGGGGAAUGGGCCAACCGUAUUUACGAUCCAUCCGUACUGAUUAGUACCUCGGCGUAUCAGGGGAAAAUUGACAUGCGGAGCAUGGAUAAGAUUUAUGACGAUUUUCCCUCCCCAUCAACUCUCAUCUAUCGCUGCAAGAAUGAGAAGAAAGAGGAGGGUGACUCUCGUGAUGUGAUAAAGGCCUUGAGGUACGCAAUGACGAGGCGUGCGGUGCCGCGGGAAACGGUGUGGUCUGUCAAGGAUAUGCAUCGUUUCGCUAAGAACAUGGAGCAAAAUUGGAUCUUUGUUUUGAAUGCCAACACUGAAAUGGAAACAAAGCUGGCAAGCCUGGAGGACAAGGUGCUACGAUGCAAGAUGGAAAAGGAAUACCGUCAAAAAGGUUCUCGACAUGACUUGUCUUCAUCCACAGCUAACAACAGUUUAUCUGUUGGGCGUCCGACGAUCACUUCUUUGACUUCAGUGGUAACGUUGCCGCUGGUGCCUGAGAGGAAAAAAGUUUUGAAACCAGAGGAAGUGAGCGAAAUUGAGAUUACUGCAUUGCGGCGUUUGCAAAAUAUGGGGGUUGACACCGCUCCCUUUCAGACAACAAACGAGGCAUAG